CCUCAAUCAGUUGGCAAGCCCAAGCCCUAUUGAGAAGAUGUUUGAGUGCUCGUUGAUUCUGUGUCUGUGCCUCGCGUGGGUGGUGGUCGAUGUGGCUGUGGCUAUGGCCGCUGUGGAUCCACUUUUGCCACUUAAUGCCAAGGACUUUCAGCUGGAACUGCUGCGUGGAAUGGCCGAGCAGGCCGAACGGCGUGUGGAAAUGAGUCUCAAUGAUUUUCUGGCCCAGAUGGAGGCCAAUCCACGGUUCAGCAACUACACGGCGGAAUUGAGUGCGGCGAGAGCCACUAAAAUACUGCCACAGAAGGUGACGCUCAUCAAGCAGGUAAUAGAUGCCCAUCAUCAUCCGGAUACGAAUCUGGAGCACACCUCUGUACUGCGGAAUCUUGUGUUUCUCAAUCGCCUGAAAUCAAUGAUCACGGCAGCUGUUGACGCCAGUGCCCUGGAGAUGCGGCAGCUGCGUUUUCAUCGUCUAUGCCAGCAGUUUGAUCGCCCAGUGCCCAGGCCCAGGAGACCACAUCACCUCAUCAACGAUCAAACUGUGGGAGCGGCUCUGGAGCAGCUGAACCUCACUCGGAGCGAGGGCAACAUCACCAGCAUAGAUCUCAAUCAGUUUGGACAGCAGCUCUACGAUCGGGUGAAGCUGUCGGGCGCCGAGAUCAUCGACAACUAUCUGUUGAUCCUCCGCGACGUCUUGCAGUAUAUCAUCGAAGGCGAGCACGAAGAUCUGGCGGACAGCACCCCAAAACUGGACGACAUGCUGCAGCAGUUGAAUGAUAUGUUGGCCACUCACGACUUCUUCGAGAAGCGUCAGAAGGUAUAUGCCUAUCUGGAGCGUCAUCUGACGACAGACUACGAGCAGCUGCGUGAGACAGCCAGUGCCGAGCAGCAUUUGACGGAGAAACUGCUGGAGCAAAUGAAAGCCAAGGGUCUGGACUUAUUCGUCACCUUUCUGUUUAGCAAUUUUGAGUUCUUGGAGCUGGUGCACGAACAGUGGUCACUGCUGCUGCCACAGACGCCCAGUUUGCUGUACGACGACACCUCGCGGCAGCUGUACGAUCUCCAGCAGCUCUACGAGAUCUUCAAGCUGGACACGGAGAGUGAGGCCAAGUACGAUGCCUACGCGGCGGCUCUGCGACAGCUGCACGAGCGCACCGUGGAGCAGGGACAGCGGAAUCGUCACAUCUUUGAGCUGCUGUGCAAUGCGGCACAGAAUGUGGGCAGUGUUACCUUCAACAUGAUCAAGGCCAAGUGCCAGGACUUGCUUUAGGCUAAGACCAGAAGAUUGCAAGAUUAUCUCUCUAAUAAAAUAGUAUUCUGACGGCAA